GGCGACGUCCCAUAGCGCGGAAAUACUCGGCGGAACGGAAUGCGCGGAACCAGCGCGGCCAAUCACAGCCAUUCCGCUUUUCUCGAGCCGUUCCGCUAUAGUUUUACCGCUAAAAUCCGCGGAAUAACCGGAUAACCUCUAUUGUGUUUUUGCAUACACGUUCCGACUGUUUUGGUCCUCGGGGUUGCAUCAGCCGGUUGUAUCACCCCGCGCGAGGUCCGAUAUUCGGGCCUCUGCAUUGCUUGGUACUGACUAGUUAAGACUUGCUCACUUUAAUCGAUUUCAACGAGAUCAUUAGGAAGACAUUGGUUCGGCGUGGCCGUGUCGGCUAAUUAUGAACGGAAAAAUAAAAUGUGGUUAUUGUGGCUGCAUAAUGAAUAGCUCAUGUAUGAAUAUUCAGCAGCACAAAUGUUUCGAAAAUUAUCAAGAUGACGUCCACCUACUUCAUGUAGAUGAAAACCAAGUAGUAAGAAUAGUUCCACGAUAUGAUGAAAACUCGGACAUAAAUACAACAAUACCAACUGAUGUAGUCGUUCCUGUCGAAAAUGAUUCAAAAACAAGCGAUAAUGACGAAAUUCUUAUUGAACUUGUGUUUCAAAGACCUGCUCUGUGGAAUCACAAAUUGCCAUUACAAGAUAGAACAAAUUUAAAAAAAGAUGCGCUCUGGCUGGAGGUGUCAAAUGGAAUGGGAGGAGGUAAAGCUACUAUAAAAUGGGUAAAAAAUAGAUGGAAGGACUUACGGGAUGCGUAUGUAAAGGCUAGAAAAAAAAUAAAAGCAUAUAUUCCAAGUGGUUGCGAUACAGAAACUGCUAACAAAUUAAGAAAAUCCUCCUUUCGUUUUUAUGAACAGAUGCAAUUUUUAGAAACAACAUUAGUCACAGAAACUACUGUCAGUUCUCUGUCAAUUGAUUCAUCGAGUAAAGAUUCAUCGAGUAAAGAUUCCAAUUUUCGAUCUGACAGCAGCUGCUCUGACUCAAUUGAUUUACAUGUGGAUUCGCUUAAAACAUCAUACGAGUCAAUAUCGCCAAAAAUGACACUCAAUGAACCAUUCACACCUUCAAAUACGUUUGCAACAUUAACAUCUAAAGCCAAAGCAUCAAAGAAUAAACGAAAGCGUCUUAACAGCACUGAACAGGACGAUAUACAGGAAGGUUUAUUAAAAGCCUUAUGCCAACCGUUAAACCAGCCAGAUGCAGUCGACGGGAUAUUGCUUAAGCUAGGCGAAGGUCUUCGUCGUUUAUCAUAUCGAGAAAGAAGCAAGUUGGAGAUUCAAUGGUUACGCGAACUUAUGGAAGUUGAAGAGCAACAUAACAAUUAAUAAAUAACUCAGUUUAUUAAGUUUUGUUUUAAAAAAUAAACAUUUUAUUCUGUUACUAAGUAAGUACAAAUUUUGCUCAAUUUUGUUUAGUUUUGUUUAGUUAUAUUGAGUUAAAUAAUGAAAUGGUUACGUUGAUUUUGCUUUACGAUUGAAACUAGUCAAUCUAUGUUGUAAAUUACAUUGUGCAAUUUUACAAGACUGACUAAUUUUAUUUAAUAAAAUUUCUUUGUAAACGU